UGAGAGUGUCACACAGCAGGUGGAGACAGACUACUGAAGGAAAGAACCAGACGCGAACCGACCACAAAAUCAAAUAGCACAUUCGAUGAGGAAGAGAGGAAAUACCAGAGACCCAAUCCGCUCUGAAUGCGUGAAAAGUGAUUGCGCAAACCAUGGUGGACCCAUUGGAACCUGAUGACCAGAGUAAAUUCAGAGAGACGCAGUUUGAAACCCCUGCUGCAGCCUCUGAAGCACCAUGUCUACCUGAACCAGUUGAUGAUAGAGAGAAAGAAGAUGGUGUGGAUUUCAGUCUGCAGACAGAACCCAGUCCUGAACCUGUACCGAGCUCUGAAGAACCACAACAGCCACAAAACAACCAGAACAGUCAACCAGAAGAGGUAAAACUGCAUCUGGAUCUUUUCAAUUUUUACUCGCCUGCUGCAGAAGGCAGCCGUUAUGUCCUGACAAGCCCUCGCUCACUUGAGGCAUGUGCACGAUGUGGGGUGAAACCUGUGGAACUUCUGCAACGACCACUGUCUGAUUUUGCCCGCGAGGCACCCGGUCACAGCAUGCGUGUCGCCACUGGAAUGUUUGAGAUAUACGAGAGAGAUAGACAUGCUAAACUCCGACAGUGCAGAGAGGAGAGAGAGCGAAUUAUUAGAGAGGAAAAAAGAUGGAUUCUACAGGCAGCUCUCAACAACAACAGUAGUUUGCUGGCUUCAGAGAAGUCACAAGAUCCUAUUAAUGCUGGAUUGUCUCAGCAAGCCAAUCACAGUUUAACUAGUUCAGGGCCAGCUCCUAAAACGUCACCUGCUUGUAGUGGUGUAUCCAAAAAAUUUUCCACAUCAACAACCCCUAAAUGUACAACACCAGGAUCAGGAAAGCUUACUAAAUUUUCAGCAUCCAGCUGUUCUGUAAACUCUGCUCACACUUCUAAAGGAACAUCUGUUAAAAAGCCCAAGUCUUCUCCUGAAGCAGAACCUGAGGGAAAACCUCCAGGGUCAGUAAUCCAACGGUCAAUCCAGUCAGCUCCAACAGGGCAGGGCCCAAAGAAAACCUCCGUUACUCCCACAAAAGCUGCAAAUACUUUCCCCAGAUCAAUAACAAAACCUUCUUCUUUUCCAAGGACAUCGACUUCACUUGCUCCAAUAGUGUCAAAAUCUGCUGUCCAAAGUCCUGCCAGUGGCAGCAUUACUCCAUUUGCACAGCAAAAUGGACACAUCAUUUCCAAAUCAAAGGUUAGAUGCAGAAGCCACUCGCUGGAGUCUUUGCAAAGAAGGCGUGACAGGUUUUACACCUCUACUGUUUCAACAACUACCACCACAACUACCACAUGUACCUCCUCAGAAUCCACUUCCUCAUCCUAUAGCUGGGAUGGUAGAGAUCACUGGGCUAAGACAUCAAGCCCCCGUGCUCGCACUCUAGCUACCUUUGACUCCCUGAUGGGUCGCAGUUUGAGCUUGGGGGACCUUAGCCACUCUCCACAGACAUUGCAAAAAGUAGAGCGCAUUGUAAAGGAGGUGAAACGUCGUGGACUUAAAGCUGUUCCAGAACGUGACCGAAAGAUUGCUGCAUUAAUGCUAGCCAGAUACCAAGAGGAGGACAUAAUGAGUCAAACUCGCUAUGUAGCACACCUACAAUGGGACAGUGAGCGGAGACUAGAAGAACUGCGACGGGAGCGUGAAGAGCAGGAGAAACAGAGGGCUGUGCAGCAGUGUCAGCGUGCAUGGCAGUCACAAGUUUCUACCCGGCAGCGCUGGCUUAGCCAGCAGGAGCGAGAUGCUGCACAAGUAAAGCUUCGCCAGGUGGUUGAAAGUGAGGAGCGUUGGCGGGAGUUGGCCGAGCAACAAGAGCGCAGCAGGUUGCAGAAGCUGCAACAGACUGCUCGUGAGGAGAAACACAAGAAGGCACUACAGGAACAGAACCUUAAAGCUCUGGAGGAGGAGCGAGCAGUCAUGGUUGAGCAGGAGAAACUUCUCCUCAAGGAGAAACUGACCAUCGCUGAGCUGAAGCGACAAGAGCGAGAACACCAAAUUCAAGAAGAGCGUCGUGGACUCAACCGUGCUGAGAAAAGGCGGCAUGCAGCUCUUAUCCAAGAGAUUGCAAGACGAGAAGCAGACGAGCGUGAAGAAGCACGUAGGACAGCAGAGGAGAAACUAAGUAAGUCCCUGGAAAACUACGAGCAAAUACAGGAACGACGUGGGCAAGAGUUAAAGGAGAAAGCUAAGCGAGAAGAGAAGCAGAUCCAGAGAGCACGACUGGCCGCUGAGAAACGUGAGCAACAACAAAAGGAACAGAUGGAGGCAAGGGCAAAGGAAGCUGAAAAACGAGCACAACAAGCCGUUCAAAUGGCCGAAGAGCGGGCACGGGAGAAGGCUCAACGUGCAGUGCAGAGCAGGCAGGAAAAGGAACGGCUUCAAAGACUUAACCGUCAGCGUGUAGAGGAGGAGGAGAAACAGCGCCGCCUAGAAUUGCUGCAGUCCAUUGAGCGCAAACUAGAAAAAAGUGAACAAAUUUUCAGAGAAAAGCGUGCAGUGUUGGAAGGCGCCAGAUCAGUGGCACGUGCCUCUUUCCAUGUGCGGGACCGUGUCCGCGAAGAGACAAAUAUGCGCACAUUUGACAAGAUGGCCCUGGAGGCUCAGUUAAAAGCAAAUUUAGUUGAGAAGUGAGCUCUUUAAUGUUCAACUUGUUUGCUCUUUCCAUGCACAUCUGUCUAGAAAUAAGCUGUGCUAGAGCCUACAUGCUAGCCUCAUCUCCAAACCACAGCAACAAUUUUGCUGAUUGUGCCCUCAAGUGUCAUGUAAAAAGUUUCAUAUUUGUUUUCCUUUAUUCCUGACGCUGGAUCAUUUUCAUCAUGUCAUGUGAAGAAAUAUUUUUUCAGAUUUAUUUUUAAAUGUUACUCUCGGAACUUUGUGCUUACAGUAUGUGUGGAUAAUCAUCUGUUUGGGCAUGAAUGUCCUUUUUUUGGUACUUGGCAGACAUGUUGCUUUGGGAACUGUACUGUUUAGUAUAUAAAGAGUUCAUUGUUUACCAGGAGGCUUGGCACUAUGGCAACAGAGAUGGCUUCUUUCUAAGGCUGGCUUUAUUUUAGGGAAAACCUUGUUUUAGGAAUCUAGGUUGUAAGAGGGUGACCCAUAACUUGACUGUGUAAACCAAACUCCAGUGAAUUGCUGACCCAGCAUUGCAGCUGGGAGUAAGGUCAUGACAAAGAAUGAUCUCAGCACAGUAUAGUUGCUGAUGAAGCACAGGAGCUUUUGAUCAGCAACAGAACCAUCAGUUCUCAAAUCCACACUGACAUCACCUGCACUAAUUCAGGUUUGAUUGAUUUAUUCUUUUCUGUUCUUUUAUCUCUUUUCUUUUUUUUUUUUUAAAUAAACUUCAUUUUGAGCAUUCUACUUACCAUUCAGCUGUGUUCGGAAUGGAAUUCUAGCUUACUAUGUUGAAUACUGCACAGUAUACACUGUAUACUACUCAAAAAUGAUAAGUAGGCAUUAUGCAACGAUAAUGAUUAAAACAUUAAUGUUACAUUGUUGUGAAAUUACCUCAGCAUGUUACAUGUGAGUGGAGUCCAGUUUUUACUUUGGAAAUAGAUAGUUAUUUUGUACUUUUAAUUCAUUUUUGUGUAAAACUGUCCUAACUUUUGGCAGUUCAGUCAGAAAAUGAGCCAAAUUAUAGAUGUUAAAGGUGCACUCAGUAAUUUUUUCCUCAUUAAAAAAGUUUUAAAAGUAAUUUUUAAACAUGUAUAAAAUCAUGAGCAAUCACAUGAGAUGAAGAACCCAGUCAAAUCAGUAACCUUACAAAAGCUGUUUUAUUCUACAUGGAGAGGGUCUCCUCAUGGGGGCUGCCAUGUUAGAAUCACAUGACCAGCCAAAUACUACUGGCUUAGUCUCAGUAACCGCCUUGAUAUUGCACACUUUCUUAUACACAUGGCUGACUGUGUAUAGUGAAUUUCUACAAUGGCAUCUGUAACUAAAAUCUAUUGAUUUUGAAUGAUGCUGCAUCCACACCGCUAGGUGUCACUGUAGGUCCAAGAUUACAAAAACUUUUGAGUUACUGAGUACACCUUUGAAAAUCACAGUUGUACUUGCAGUUCAUACGUCACAGUGGAAAUGGAAGGUCAAGUCGUGUGUGUAGCAUUGCGGUGUGAAGUACUGAGACCAUGCCUACAUAAAAUUAGCAUACUGUGCACAGUAUACAUACUAUAUACUGCAGAAAUACACUGCCUGGCCAGUUGCAUACUUUAAUAUUCCAUUGGACCGCCUUUUGCUUUGAUUACGGCAUGCUUUCGUCGUGGAAUUUUUUCGACAACCUUAUGCAACAUAACAACAUUUACUUCCAUCCAGAGUUAUUAAUUUUUGGCAGAGAUCUUGUAUUGAUGACGAGUCGAAACACUCUGUAAAGUCUUCUCCAGCACAUCCCAAAGACUUUUAAUGGGGUUAAGUUCAGGACUCUGUGGUGGCCAAUUCAUGUGUGAAAAUGAUUCAUCAUGCUUCCUGAACCACUUUCACAAUUUGAGCUUGAUGAAUAGUGGCAUUGUUGUCCUGGAAUAUGCCCGUGCCGUCAGGAAAUAAAACAAAUCUAUUUGUGGGAUAACCUGGUCAUUCAGUACAUUCAGGUAGUCAGCUGACUUCAUUUUAUUGCCGUAUAAUGACCCUGAAUUGUCGAUGUCCCUGAUGCGUCUAUUGCUUUGGAAUAGGGUAAAUAUGGACUCAUCAGACAACAUGACCUUUUUCCAUUGCUCCACAGUCCAAUCUUUAUGCUCCCUAGCAAAUUGAAGUUGUUUUUUUCCGAUUAACCUCACCAACAAGUGGCUUUCUUUUGGCCACACAGCUGUUAAGUUCCAAUCCUGUAAGUUCUCGUGGCAUUGUGCAUGUGGAAAUGCUCUUACUUCCAAAAUUAAACAUACCGUGAGUUCUACUGUCGAUUUUUUUUUUUUUUUUUUAUGAUGUGACUUCACCAAGCGUUUUAGUGACCUCCGAUCAUGAUCAUUCAAGCUUUUUUCACCACCAUCCUUCCAGGUUUUAAUAAUGCGUUGGACGGUUCUUAACCCAAUUCCAGUGAUUUCAGCGAUCUCAGUUGUUUUCUUUGCUUGAUGCAGGCCAAUAAUUUGCCCCUUCUGAAACACAGUAACAUCUUUUCCACGACCACAGGAUACGUCUUCUGACAUGGUUGUUUAAGAAAUGAGAAGCUGCACACUGCAUCAGUUAACCAGCUCUCAUGUUUCUAAAAGUGCCAUGUCAAUCUGGUACAUAUCUAGAGGACAGGAUUUAUGGAGAGCAUCAAUUUUUGUGUGAAAAGCACUGCAGUGGGCAUUUCUUGACACACCGCCCAGUGAGUUCCUAUGAGAGCUUAACCCAUAGUGAUGCUUAUCACGCCAGCCAUCUGUCACAGGGUUUUUUCAGCUGUACAGCAGUCUAGAUUCUGAACAAAAACUGUAUUUCAUGGGUAUAAAAUUUUUAAAUCCCUCGAAGUAUGGGCUGUUUGGAAAAUUAUUGUAAUUAUUUAAAAGAUUAUUGCACACAUUUUUUAUCCUCAAGAGAGGUCAGCUAUUAAGCAUUUGUAUGCAUGCCCUCUGCAGCCUAAGUAUUAUUAUUUUAAUAUUCGAUAAACAAGUGUCAAGCUUCUAUGAAAUUAUUGACUCUGGUUUGUCUCUUCUGACACAGGUUUGGGAGUGGACAAGAUGGUGUUGACAUCCGUGGGCUGAUUCAGUUAAAUAUGCCCUAAGAGACUGCAAAAGACAUUUCAAUUUGAUCACAGGCCCCUGAUUCCCUUUCUGGCAGUGACUCAGCUAAGCAUGACGUAAUUGGGAGGUUAACACUGAUAAACACUAUAAACACUGAAGCCAUGCUACUUACAGGAUAUCCAAGAUCACACAUCAACACUGCUUUUAACAACAUAAAAUCCCAAAAGAAACCAUUUCAUUUGUGUACACGAUGCAUUGCAGGUUAAAUUUGAGAGGCUAUUUAAAUGAAAGCAAAUAGUGGUGCUUCUUAAUAACAAACAGUUAAUCGACAAUUAUUAAUUAGUGUGAAGGUUUCAUUGCUAGUUAUCUCAAUGGCAUGAAUGUAGACAAUUAAGUUGCAUAAAUCAUAAGACCUAUUGACAAAAGCUAGAGUAAACUGCAGGUAUACAACAUUUUGAUUUUAUUACUGAAUUUAUAUUAUUGCAAUCAAUAUUUAAUUUAGCUGUAAAUUUUGCCGGCAAUGUCAUGAAUAUUUCCUUUUUUUUUUUUUUUUUUUUUGUGCAAAACAUGUCUUAUCAAAGCAUUAUAUAUAUAUAUAUAUAUAUAUAUAUAUAUAAUAUAUUAUUAUGAUUAUUAUUAUUAUUAUUAUUUUUAUUUAUUUUUUUGGCUCAGCACCACUUAUUGUUACUUAUAGUGAAAAUAUAGUUUUUUUGUAGGCAGCAAAAUCACAGCCUACAGCAAAAAGAAAAACCAAAAGAAAAAAAGCGGUUUAUUAAAAAGGACAUGCAGGGUGACAUUUUACUUGAGAACCAACAAUGAUUUUUUGAAAAUUGCACACUAUAAAAAAAUAAAGGAGAAAUAAAU